AUGGCACCCCUCAACGUUGGCAUCAUUGGCUACGGCCUCUCCGCCAAAGUCUUCCACAUUCCCUUCAUUGAAGCCUCCCCCCUGCUGACCCUCCACACCAUCGUCCAACGCAACCCCCCAGCCAACCCCGAGGCGACCGGCCUCUCCGCCCCCGCCGACCACCCUUCUAUCACCCACCACCGCACCAUCCCCCCUCUCCUUUCCGACCCCUCAAUCGACCUCAUCAUCAUCACCACCCCACCAGACACCCACUUCGCCCUAACGACCGAAGCCCUGCGCGCCGGCAAACACGUCCUGGUCGAAAAGCCCUUCGUCCCCACCUCCGCAGAAGCUCGCACCCUCGCCCAAACCGCCCGCGACUCGGGCAAGUUCCUCUGCGUGUUCCAGAACCGUCGCUGGGAUGUAGAUUUCCUCACCGUGCGGGACCUCGUGGAGAAGAAGACGCUGGGGGACCGGAUUGUUGAGUUCGAGACGCACUUUGAUCGGUAUCGGCCCGUGGCGCCCGCAAAGGGGUCGAGCUGGAAGGCGGGGCUGGGUGCUGAGCAGGGCGGUGGGCCGUUGUAUGAUCUGGGAACGCAUCUGAUUGAUCAGGUGUAUUUCUUGUUUGGGUUGCCUGAGAGGGUCUUUGGCAAGUUGACGACGCAGAGGGAGGGCGGAGAUGAUGAGCCGGAUACCGUCACGGCUAUUUUGACGUACCCCCGAGGGGGACCCAGCGUGCAUGUUAGGAUUUCUGUCAUGUCGGCCCAGACCCCCCAGCCUAGGUUUAGGAUCAGGGGUAGUAAGGGCACGUUCGUCAAGUCUGGGCUCGAUCCCCAGGAGCCGCAUUUGAGGAGCGGCGGGUCCGUCACCGACGAGGGCUUCGGCAAGGAUUUGUAUCCUGGGACGAUAUAUCUUGCGAAUGAGGACGGGAGCCUUGAGCCUGGGAGGACGUGGGCGGGCGUCGAGCCUACGGGGUAUGGGGCGCUGUUGGAGGGGUUUGCGGAGGCUAUUACGAGUGGGGAUGCGUCUAAGGUACCUGUUAAGGCGGACGAGGCGGCGGAUGUGUUGAGGAUCGUCGAGGCAAUCCAGGAGAGCUCGAGGACUGGGGCCGAAGUGAAGUUGUAG